CGCCAUUUUGAUUCAAGUAAUGUGAGGCUGGAUUGUGGACAACGCUGUUUGCUAUUUUUUUUUCAAUUUCGUCAAAUUUAUACCCAGAGUCGACAGUCAUUUAACGGAGUCUAAGCCAUUUGAGGACACCGAGAAUGGCCACGGGCGCAAACGCAACUCCUUUAGGGAAGUUGCACCCUAGCAUUGGCGCUAAACGAGGAUUUGACGCCGGGCCUGGCGCGGGGAACGGCGUGACUCCAGCACCGGGGCCGCCCGCAGCCUUCCCUGCUGUACCAGCUUUCCAGCCCCCGAUGCCGAGCGCAUCUUUUCCGCAACCUCAAAUUCAGUUCAGUCCCGGUGCAUCUUUUGCGGCUCCGGCGCCCCAACAACCAGUGGCGGGGGGCGGAGCGCCUAAACCAGAUUUCGGUCAGAAGAAGUCCCGGAAGAAGAGUCGCUGGAGCUGCGAGACGCCCGACCAGAAGACGGUCAUACCGGGCAUGCCCACUGUUAUCCCCCCUGGACUGACCCGGGAUCAAGAGAGAGCCUAUAUAGUCCAACUGCAGAUUGAAGACCUGACUCGUAAACUACGUACAGGAGACCUGGGAAUCCCUGUUAACCCUGAGGACAGGUCUCCCUCCCCGGAGCCCAUCUACAACAGCGAGGGCAAGCGGCUGAACACGCGCGAGUAUCGCACGCGGAAGAAGAUCGAGGAGGAGCGCCACUCGCUCAUCACAGAGAUGGUCGGACUCAACCCCGACUUCAAGCCUCCUGCUGACUACAAACCUCCAGCCACCAGAGUCAACGACAAAGUUAUGAUCCCCCAAGACGAAUACCCCGAAAUCAACUUUGUGGGUCUGCUAAUCGGGCCACGUGGUAAUACGCUGAAGAACAUCGAGAAGGAGUGCUGCGCCAAGAUCAUGAUCCGGGGUAAAGGUUCUGUGAAGGAGGGGAAGGUCGGCCGAAAGGACGGACAGAUGCUGCCGGGGGAGGACGAGCCUCUGCACGCGCUGGUCACCGCCAACACCAUGGAGAACGUCAAGAAGGCCGUGGAGCAGAUUCGCAACAUCCUGAAGCAAGGCAUCGAGACGCCCGAGGACCAGAACGACCUUCGAAAGAUGCAACUGAGGGAGCUCGCUCGACUCAACGGCACGCUGAGGGAAGAUGACAACAGGAUCCUUCGUCCCUGGCAGAAUUCGGAGCCACGCAGCAUCACCAACACCACCCUCUGUACCAAGUGCGGUGGAGCCGGCCACAUCUCCUCUGACUGCAAGUACACCAGCUCCUUCGCUGCCCACAGAGCGACGGGCGGCGAGCCUCCUCAGUCGGCCCAGGACAAGGCUCGGAUGGACAAGGAGUAUCUGUCCCUCAUGGCCGAGCUCGGGGAGGCCCCGGUCCCCUCCUCUGGUGGCGGACACUCCAGCAGCCAAGGAGGAGGGCAGCGGUCCUCGGGACACAACAACCACCAACAGAACCGGCCCCCCUGGAUGAACUCAAGUCAGAAUGAGAGCAGGAACUACCACAGCAUGCACGGAGUCUCUGGGGGCCACGGAGGCCACCACGGCCACAGCGGCCACAGCGGCCACAGCUACCCUCCCCCCAUGUCCAACAUGGGAGGCCACCAAAUGGCCCCCAACCCCAACGGCCUGCCUCCCCCCUGGAUGCAGCCCCCUCCUCCCCCCAUGAGCCAGGGACAAGGACCUCAUGGACACCCCUUGGGUCUGCUGCCUCCUCCAAUGAGCAUGAUGCCGCCUCCACCUCCUCCCCCCAGCAACCAGCCACCGCCUCCCCCCUCUGGACCGCUGCCACCAUGGCAACAGCAGGCUCCACCUCCCCCUCCCACCAGCAGCAUGGCAACCAGUACGCCGCUACCCUGGCAACAGAAUACCACCACCGUGUCCAGCCCUGGCACCGGCACCCUGCCUCCAUGGCAGCAGCCCCAGCAGCCUGCAGCCUCCGGAGCCCAGCCCCCUCCGCCCAUGGGAUCCCCAUCGAUGGUGCCGCCUCCCCCUGGCGUCCAGCCCCCGUUACCCCCGGGUGCCCCUCCUCCUCCCCCUCCGCCGCCUCCGGGCUCAACUGGCAUGAUGUAUGCCCCACCCCCACCCCCGCCACCCAUGGACCCUUCCAACUUUGUUACCAUGAUGGGGAUGGGGGUACCGGGCAUGCCCCCCUUCGGCAUGCCCCCUGCCCCCCCUCCACCCCCACCCCAGAAUUAACCCUUCCGCAGAUGAAUAGUCCCCCCUCCACGAGAGUUUCCACCCUGCAGCACAUAGUGGAUGUGUGAGCACAGAAAAAGAUAUAACCAGUGCUUUAUUUUUUAUUGAUCUGUGGAGACGUCUGAAACAAUGAGGUUGUGUUAGUUCAAUUUGUAAAGUUGCGUAACUUUAGUAAAUGACUUAUUUUUCCUGUUUUUAAAGUUUGUGUUUCCACACCGCCCCUCGUGUGAACACACACACACUCUCACACACACACACACUGUUGCUCUGGGGCUCAUGAUCUGCAUCGCUCCCGUAGUUUCCACCUGUAAACCAAAUAAACUGUCCAAUAGCCAGACGGGGGUUUAAUUUCUGCUCCACAAUCUCACCGCUUCAAAUGUCCAAUUCAGACCGCACCGCUCGACUAUUAUUGGAUUUAAUAUAUUGAAGUUUAACAUGCAUGAUCCAUUAUUCACAAAUUGAUGCUCCUGUCAUGUUCUCAUGUUGGCUUUGAGUUGAAUAAGAUUAAUAUUUUUGUAAUACCGAGAUGUGAAGUGUAUCUUAUUAGUUGUCAGAAAACCUUUUUGUAGUAAUCUCCGAUUGUUUUCAGAAAUUAAUUGUUUUCUUUCCUGCGUCUCAGUUGUGACAGUUUGAAAAAGGGGGAACUCGCUGAUCUUCUGACCCCCCCGCACUUCUUGAAUGCUGAGAAUCUGAUGUUUUAGUUUUUUUCCUGCUCCGAUGAGACGCUGUGUGCAGUGUUUGUUGCUUCUGGACAAAAAUAUCUGUUUUGUCCCUCGAAUUAUACGACGGAGAAACAAAUGUUAGUUUUACUCUGUUUCUGGAAUCAGUCGGUUGCCAUGGCGCCAGCCGAAAUGAAAAGUUGUUGAAGUCUUGAUUGGUUUCGCAUUAAACUGAUCCAUUUCA